CUUUUCAAAAUUAUACAACAAAUAAUGGAUGAGCUGCACGAAGCCGCGAUUGCUUAUUACAACAAUGGCUCCAUGGAACAGCAGAAUUUGUCGUGGCAGUUUUUCCGGGCAAUGGACGUUAACGGAGACGGUCGUGUCAGCCUUCAAGAGUACACCGAGUUCUUGCGUCAAACCGCUGGUUUAGCUUGGGUCCAUCCUGAGAUGUUUCGCGAGCUAGACCGAAAUGGAGAUGGUCAGCUCGACUUUUGGGAGGUCUUGACGCUUUACUACGUGGCUCGGACCCGGACCAUUAGCUGCCGCACGUGCCUCCGGAUUCUCAAUGGUCUAUACUUCACCUGUGUCACAUGCUUUGAGUCUCCAUGUGGUAACACGUUUGAUCUUUGCGUCAAGUGUUAUAUGCGUCGGACUUAUUGUCAUCCACAUCGUCUCUUCUUGGAUAGUUAUGUCUUAUUACGAUCUAGGCGUAUCCACCAUCCUUUGCCGCCCGGCGAUCAAAACCUAGCCGAACAGCAACCUUCGAGGAUAGGGUGGUGGAAUGCAUUGAGAGCAAUGGAAGUUGCACUUGCUGUUGGACAUCUCAGUGCUUUUUGCACCAUUAUGUGAAAGAUCACUUUCUAUCUCAAAAUUUAUACAUUUUAUUUUGAUAUUUAAUUCUUUUAUAAACAAUAAAACUUGCUUGAUUCU